GUUGAGAAGUAUAGUCUCUUACUGGAGUGAAUAGUAAUCAACUUUGUAUGUAUAAAAUGGAAACGUCGGCAAAUUCGUAUAUAUAGAUGUUCAUAUAAUUGUCUUCUGGACAAUCUUGUAUAAAGAUUAGUACGGUAUUAAUCGUAAAAUGGCAUUGUUAACUAAUACGUUUUUUUCAAUAUUUUUAUGCGGAUUAUUAUUUCACAUAAGUGUAGCUGCUAAUAAAUAUUCCGCUGAAGCAAAUAAACCUAAAUAUGAAGAUCCUUUACAGUUUCCAAAUUCUCUUCGUGAAUUGGAUAAACCAUUUCGUAUGGCAAAAUUAAAUAUUCUUUGGGUCAAAGCAAAGAACCGUUUGACAGAGUCAAAACUCCAGUCAAUAUUCAGUGAUUUGAAAAUUCAUGAUAAAGAAGAAAUUGCAUACAAGCAUUUUAAAUCUGAUGGUAAAGAUCCAAAUGGCGAAGAAGAAGCACGUUUGAGAAAAAAACUUAUUGGUAUUAUGAGCACCUAUGGAUUGUUGGAACAUUUUGUUGAUACAGAAAAUCCAGAACUAUUGAAGAAACAUAAAGCAUUAAAUGAUGGUAGUAAUUAUAUUGCUAAAGAUGUUUUUAAAGAUAAAAGAUUGAACAAGUUAUGGGCUAAAGCUGAAUUAGCAGGUUUUACACAUGAAGAAUUGGAAACUUUAAAGGAAGAGUUUCAACAUCAUCAAGAUAAAAUAGAUGAAUAUAUGAGUCUUUUGAAAGAUGUGGAAGCAGGAGAUACAGAAAUACAUGAAAAUAGCUUACAUCAUAAACCAGCAAGUUGGAAUGUAAUAGAAGGAGAAGAAGAGGAUAGAUUUUCUAAUAAUGUUCCUGGACAAAAGUUGGAUUAUUUAGGAAAAGCAAACUUACUUAGGGAGAAACAUUUGGAAAUUCGAAGCGAUUUCGAUCGAUUAGAUAGAUUAACCGCUAAAGGUCCAAAUCACAAAGAAUUUAUAGAGCCUAAAGUACAAGGUUUAUGGCGAAUGGUAUUGGAAGGUUCAUUUUCACCGGAAGAACGUGCUUCUUUGAAGGAAGAACUUUUACAUUAUGAAGGCAGAUUACUUAAAUUACGUCACUUACAUACGGAAGCUGCUUUAGAGGCGGCGCGUCAAGGAAAACCUUAUGAUGUAGAUAAUUCUACUAUGGAACAACAUAUUAAAAAGCAUGCUAGAACAGUCCAAAAACUUCAUGCUGGAAUCGAAGCAAAAAUAAUACAAAGACACUCUGAACUUUAAUACAUUUAAAAUGUAAUUGAUAAAAGUUCUAAUAAAUUUAGUA